GGUCCUCCCCUCGGCGUCCCAGCCGGGCAGGUGCGCGGCCUCCGGAGGCGGGUCUUCGGCUCGCCGGGUCCGCGCUCGGAGCCGCGGCAGUCAGUCGACCGGCAGCCCUCGAGGCGAGAUGACGGCCUGCAAGCGAGUGGCGAAGGAGCUGGAGGCCCUUCAGAAGGAGCUUCCCCGGUACCUGAGGAACCUGCGCAGCGAUGAUGCCAACGUCCUGGAGUGGCACGUGCUCCUCCUGCCGGAUGAGCCUCCCUACCACCACAAGGCCUUUGGUGUCCACAUCAGCUUCCCCAGAGAUUACCCACUCAAGCCUCCCACAGUGGCCUUCACAACCAAGAUCUACCACCCCAACGUGGAUGAGAACGGACAGGUGUGUCUGCCCGUCAUCAGCAAGGGCAACUGGGAGCCCACCACCAAGGCCUUCCAAGUCCUGGAGGCCCUCAACAGGCUGGUGAACAGACCGGAUCUGGAGGAACCCGUGAGGCUGGAGCUGGUUGACCUGCUGACCCAGGACCCGGAGCUGUUCAAGCAGAAAGCGACGGAGUUCACCCUCCAGUUCGGAGAGGACCGGCCCUCCUAAUUCCUGGCCUGACCCCUCUCCACACUGGGUCCAAGACACCUUACGGACCUGGGCUCAGCCCCUCAGUGAGCUAGGCCCUGUCCUGUUUUUCCUUCUUAGAUUGCUAGUCACGGGUGUGUGUGUGGUGUGAUGGCGAGAGGGAGGCUAUAUGUGCAUCUGUGUCCUACGUGUGCCUUUGCCCCGAGCCAGGGGAGAUUAGGUUUUCACAGUUACAGGUCAGUUCUUCAGGGCGUGACAAGUCAGCUGGCAGGAGACAGGACCCCUCCAGGGCUCCCAGAAUAAGGGGAAUAUGUGUGUGAGAGGCAAGGGACAUGGAGAGGCGUGCAUAGAUUUAGGUGCUAAGCCAUUUGUUUUCUGCUAUCGAAUGAUAAAUGAAGAAUCUGACCUCCAUCCGGGAAGUCUGACUGUAUUUUGCGACUUCCUGCUGUCCCAUGAGGUGGCCAGUUUCUGGAGACCUGGCUGCAGGCUGCGGAGCUGUGUCCAGCAUGCAGUGCCUGCCUGGCCACUCCAGCACAGAUGGGGCAGACGAUCGGCCUCAUGGUCCCCGCUGGUUGGGAUGCCCACUUCCCAUGUUGGAGUGCCUUGGUUUCCGGCUCUGCUGCCGACUCCAGCUUCCCGUUGAUGCUCUCUGUGGGAGGCUCCAGUGCGCAGGUCUCUGCCAGCCUUGCACAGACCUGGAUUCCCAGUUCCUGACUCCCCACCCACACACACCCCACCCAGUGUUAGAGAGCUAACCGGUGGAUAGGAGCUCUCUCCCUCGCUGUACGUCUCGGUAAUUGUGAAGAGUUACUAAACUUUAAAUAAAAAUGUUUUUCUAAAAGUC